CUCAUUCGCCUUGCUUCUUCCAAUUUCACUCUGGCCGCCAUUCCUCCCUCUUUCUUGUCUCCUCCUGCCGACCGCGUCCCCACAAACUUUUACCUCCCCGCCGGCAGCCUCCCCUGCCCCUCCCACCUCAUCUCCGCUCACCGUCCUCCCCUCCCCGCAAACCGCCUUACUCCCCUCAUCCACACACUCUCUCUCUCUCUCUCCUCCCCUCCCCACCCACCUUCCAACUCCUCCACCCUCUCUCUCUCUUUCUCUCUGAGACCAACGAAGAACAUCUCAACCGGAUUUUAUAUCUGGAUUUUUCAUAUUGGCUACGCAAAAAGGGAAGCUUCCAUUUCAUCCUCGUUGCAAGCAGAUGGCAAUGAGUCAUCUGUGCUUUGCAGAUAACUUGUUGAUAUUUGCAGAGGGAUCAGGGCAGGCAAUCAACAGUGUUAAACAAAUAAUGCAAUCCUUCUACAUGCUGUCUGGAUUGCGUUGUAACCCAAGUACGUGUGAAAUAUAUUUUGGGGGUGAGUCCUGGAAAUACAAACAGAAUGUCAUUGAUCUUACUGGUUUUAAAGAAGGAGCACUUCUGGUUCGAUGUCUAGGAUUGCCUUUGCACUCGGGUAAACUCACAGGUAAGGAGUAUGAUGUUCUCAUUGGUAAAAUCACAAAGAAGAUCAAGUCCUGGAGAUCUAAGAAACUGACUUAUGCAGGGCGGCUACAGCUGGUUUCCUCAGUGCUGAUGAGUGUGGUCCAGUACUGGUUGCAGAUCAUUAUACUACCAAAGAAGGUUUUGAAGGGUGUGCCAAAACUUUCUAUGGCAUGGAUUGAGAGAUUUGACAACCUGGAAUCAAGCUUGCUCACUGCGACUUCUAUGGCUUAUGUUGAUGCAAUCGGCUCUUGGGCGUGGAGGAAAGUCCUGCGGCUUCGUCCUAAAGUGCAACAUCUCCUUGUCAGGCAGGUGGAUAAAGGUGCUUUGGGAAGGACAACCUAUGGAGCAGUAGCUGGUGUUAGCCAGUGGUUUGUGGACCCCUGGGAGAGAGCAGUGAUGCUGGCAAGUGGAUUGGCGAAGAAGCAUACCCCAGCAGGGAGGACUAUUUGUGUGCUCUGGUGUGGACUAUCUGCGGCAAUAUGGAGAUAGCGAUGUCGCAGAUUCCAUUGUGAGAAACACAGAAGCGUGGAGGAAGUUUGGAGAGGCUUUCAAUAUUAUUUGAGUUGUCGUUUGAGUAGUGAUAUACUUUUGUCUUCUGAUUUUGAAAGUAUAGGUUUACUUGAUAGAUACCAUUGUUGAUGAUAGAAGAGCAAAGUCAAAGUAGAUAAUGGAGAAAGUGGAAAUAGGAAUUGCUAUUGCUCGGAAGGCUACAACUAGUCUCCCCAUUUCGUUGUAUCGAUUCAAGCAUCGUGAUUUACGAUGUUAGUUUAAUGAGAAGAAUCUGAUUCAACGGGGGGAAAAAAAAGAAUUAUUAUUG